AUGGUAUCCUCCAAGCCCAGGACCUCCUCCAAAGCCAUGGAUGGAUCGCAUCGCAUCAAGAAACGCUCGUCCAAUGCCUGUCAGAGAUGCCGGAGACAGAAGAUCAAAUGCUCGGGUUCGCAGCCGUGCGACACUUGUAGUAAACGGAAAUUAACCUGCACGUUUGAUGACCGGGACCAGAAGAUUCUGGUCACUCGGGGGUACAUCGAAGACCUACACAAAAAGAUUGCGCUACUAAGAGGAGGCGGAGAUGAAGUAUUCAGCCCCCGGAGUAUGGAGCAGGACGUGCUCCAUCCUCCCGAAGGCGACGACACGGCCGUCGAAGGGGAAGCGGAAUGGAGUCAGAAUCUCGAAGGCGCAUCACAGUUGACGAAUCCACUCUCAUCGGGUCCAUCCACCUUCAUGGCUGCAGCAUCUGGCCGAAUCUUCUACCUAGGAACCUCGUCCAACUGGUCCUUUGCGCGGAAGAUAUUGAGCAUGACGCAUGAGCACCUCUACAACUCGCCGCUCCCCACAGGGAGUCUCUACUUUGACGGCUCUGCGUAUGAUUUGGGCUGGGAUGGAACGAGGACAACCGCCAGUCAGGACAUGCCUAUGGCGCCGCCUCUCGAUUUCUCCAUCUACCUCAUCAAUGCUGUCAAGUUCCAUGCGGGCCAGUUAUUCCACCUCUUCGACGAAGAAACAUUCAUGGGAGGACUAUACACCUUCUACGAGAGUCCUGAACAUCAGAUGGCGCAUUCGGGCUUAUGGUAUAUCCACUACUUGCUCAUUCUGGCGUUUGGAAAGGCGUUUGUCGUACAGCGAAACCAAGGCAGUCGGCCGGCCGGCUGUGAAUUCUUUACCAAGGCGUUGCAGCUGCUGCCGGACGCCACGCACCUCAGCCGAGAUCCCAUUGUCGCCACCGAGAUCCUCUGCUGCAUCGCCCUCUAUCUGCAGUCGCUCGACUUUCGUAACUCGGCGCAUAACUAUAUCGGCCAAGCAGUUCGGAUUGCCCUGGCUCAGGGAAUGCACACCGACAUGUCGGAGGAACACCUGGGGGACGCGCUGGUCCAGCGAUGUCGGCGAAUUUGGUGGACGAUUUACAUCCUCGACCGCCAGAUGACCUCGUUGAUGGGGCUGCCGCAGUCCAUCCGGGACGAUCAGCUCCAUCAUCAGCUUCCUUAUUUCCCAGGGUCACCUCAAAAAGGUAUCGCGCUCAGCAUGCAAAUCAAGGUGUGCCAGAUUAUGGACGAGAUCAACAGUAGUGUGUAUGGACCGGACGGGCGCCUAAACCGAAAUUUCCUGCUACGAACCAAAACUGCCCUAGCGAGCGCGGCGGAGUUGGUCAGUGAGCUCCGAAAAUGCUACGGCUUGCGGUUGGACGAGUCCUCGAUCAGCGGCGUGUCGCGAUUGUCGGCGCACCUGCAUCUACUCUACCAUCAGUGCAUCGUUCUUGCAACCCGACCGGUGUUGUUCUGCUUUUUGAAGAUGCGGAUCCAGUCGGCCGACAGCUCUCUCGAGUGCCUGAACUCGUCGGCCAACGUGCGCAAGCUGAUGCAGGUCUGCAUCGACUCCGCACAGCAAAUCUUAAAUAUCCUGACGGUUCUCCAGCAGCAGAACCUCCUAGACAGUUUCCUCCCGUUUGACCUCGAAUCCACGUUUAUCUCCGCCGUCGUUCUCAUCACGGCCCCUGUAGCCGACGCGCCCCUCCUCGACGACGGGACCACCUGGCUACAUCAGAGCAUCCUAAUCUGUGAUGAAAUGAUCUCCCGCGGGAAUCUGAUCGCUGGGUUUCGCAAGUCCGAGUUGCAGCAACUCGCCGGAAUGCUGAACCACCUGGCGACUGAUCGACUCGCGCACGGUCCAGAAUCGGCUCGAAAGAGAGCGCCCGAUGGAGUGACUUCCCGGCUACCGUCCCCACCCACUCCUGAUGCUAGCCGGGUGUUUGGGGUUUCGGAGGUAUCGAAUGCAAACCACGGUUUGACGACGGCGGAAAUCAUGGCGGUCGCGGAGUCCAUCGAUACGGGCGAUGUUGACUGGAUCGCUCAUGCCGUGACUGAGAAUCACAUCUGGUAG